AUUUCAUGUCUCAGCCGGCUGCGCCCCGAUCGUCCUGCUUCAUUCCUUCAUGGCUCUUGUCUCUGUACCACCACCACGAGAGAUGACCUCGACGAUGCUGCCCUUCCUCGCCCUCCCCGAGGAGCUCAUUCGCGAAGUGCUCAGUCAUGUCAUCGACGUCGCUACGGAUCGUGAAUUCUUCAGCCUUGAUGCCAAUCGUGGGCGGCACGGGUAUGGGGGCAAUAAGCCGGCGCGCUGGAGCGCAUCGCGUGAGAUGCGCGCUCCCGAACAUCGUCCGCCCGCGCUGUUGCUCGUCUCGAAGGAUUGGCGGCGUAUCUGCACCCCCCUGCUGUACCGUACUGCCAUCAUCCGCUCGAAGGGCCAAGCCGAGGCCCUUACCACCACCAUAACCUCCCUCCGUCCGGAACUAGCCGCACGCGUUAAGCGCCUCCGGUUCGAAGGCGCAUUCGGGAUGGAAGGUUUCCGGCUGCUCAAGGCGACGACACACCUCACCCACCUGGCACUCGUGCUUCACAUCUUCGCCACAGAGGGCGUCGCUCCCCUCUGUCGCGGUCUCAAGCUCGCGCAUAUCAGCCCGAGGGUUCUUGUCCUCGCCGACAGCCGCCAGGACUCUAAGAAUCGCAAGAUGCUAAUCCAGGAACUUGCGAAGCUCAUCCCUUCGUGGACGCAUCUGAAUGCCGUACACAUUCCUUUCCUCGACAACGAAUAUGGUCCCGCUACCGAUGUUUCUGCCAUUCUCGAGUCGCUUCGGAGGGCGCCGAGCUUGCAUACGCUGGUCUUCCCGCCUUCCCACCGACCUGACUUGGAAACACUGCAAGCGUUGAGCCGGAACCGCGCCCUGCGGUGCAUCUACUUCGCCAGGACCAAGGUCAAUUGGAACGACGAUGACUCGGACUUGGAGGACACUGCGAAUGAGUCAGACUACGUCGUGGAUGAAGAAAUUGUGGACGAUCCUCGCCUGAGCUCCAUCUGUCAGUACGACACACCGGGAGGAAGACCGGUACGAAGAUUGAGCAGAUACGAGCUUCUCGGCAUGAGGCGCAGGAAUCUCUACAUUCCCAGUAGCGAACCGGAGGAACACGAGGAAGACGAAAAAGUCGAAGAGCCCGCGCCGCCCCGACCUCCUCUUCCGCUGCUCUCUCACCCCGUCGCUGUGCAAGAGAAGAUCUGGCAGCACGUCUUCGAGUUCGUCAACGGAUGGGCCAUCGAUCCGUUUUACCUAUACAAUCGCCGCCCCGCUUUGCUCGUUCUCGCACAUGUUUGCAAGCUCUUCAGGCGUCUGACCGUUCCCCGAAUCUUCAGCAGCCUGCGCGCGAACUCCUGGAAAAGCACAUACCGGCUCUCCAUCGUUCUAGAGGGCGACCCGAGCCUCGGCCAGCACACCCGGGCUCUAUCCUUGAACAACCGCCGCGACGCCAAACGCCAUCUUGACAUCGGCAGGAUUUUGCAACAUACGCCCAACCUCGCUCACCUAGAUGCGGAGGAUCACUGGCGCAGCGAUAAUACCCACGACAAUCUCAGAAUGCGGUGGUCCACGUUCACCGCCAUAGCUCGCAUCGCGCCGGCCAUCGGUACAAUCAACAACAUCAAGAUAGCCAAGCAAUUUGCGCCUCUGCCGCCCAAAGGAUCAUCCGACGGUCAGGCCGACGCCUCGGCUGCACCUGACGCCCCGGGUCCUCAUCAACAGAAGAAAGCGCCAACGGAGAAAGAGAUAUCCGUCCCGCUCGGGACCUUGACCCCUUUCCAAAACUUGGUGGUUCUGCACUUCGACGCCGCCGUCAAGCUGCAGUUCAAGAAGAGCGAAGUCCCUGCGGAUAUCUUUCCCAGAUUAGAGGCCCUGCGUUUCACCUCUUGUCAUACAUCGGUGCUCAGGCUAUUCACGCUAUUCGAGCUUCCUCGAUUAGAACAUCUCGGUCUCUUCAGUCGAAGCCAGACAGGGCGAGACGCGGGCGACUUCCUCGAGCGUCAUGGCUACAAAAUCCAAGAGCUAGAUAUACAGUUCUUCCCUACCGAUAGCGUCUUCGAGAUGUGCACCGCGCUUCGGACUCUGAAGAUUCUGGAGCGUAAACCUCCGCCUGACUACAGCGCCGCAGGAUGGAAGUCGGACACACUGACUACAAUCAAGUUCACUGAAGCGAUACCUCGCCAAAUUCCAGCCUGUCGCCCUUGGGGCACCCUCCUCGCAUCUAUCGACCCGGCGCAAGUCCCGCGGCUCAAGGUACUGAAGAUGGGUUUGAAUUGGCCGUCCGAAGAACGUGAGAUCAACGCCUCCUUCUGGGUACCGUACGCCGAAGAUCUCCUCAAGAAGGGCAUUGAGAUACGUAGUAGUUACGGUGAGGCGUGGGUCCCUCGGGUGAGGGCACACCAGCACAAGCGCAAGAGGGAGAACGUCGAUUGAAGCUGCAUCUUUAUCUGCUCGGACAGUGGUCUAUCUUUCAAGCAAUAUAUUACAGCGAUGUAAACGACACUAUACACUCGAAUUAAUCAGAGUGGGCCAAGCUCACAGCCGGUACAGUUGCC